CGUCUCUGUCGCUCCAGUAUCUCCCUUUCCCUUUGAGUUUACGAGAUCUCCUCCCGAAACCUGAGCGAGGCAGUCACGGAAAAGAGAGGCGAUACCCUCCUGCACAACAUGGCUACAAUUGUAACGUCGACCAGAUUUACAGACGAAUAUCAGCUGUACGAAGAGCUCGGAAAGGGUGCCUUCUCCGUUGUCCGGCGAUGCGUUAAAAAGUCCAAUGGCCAGGAAUUUGCUGCUAAAAUUAUCAACACAAAAAAACUAUCAGCAAGAGAUCAUCAAAAACUGGAACGAGAGGCCCGCAUCUGUCGCCUGCUCAAGCACCCCAACAUAGUACGACUACACGAAAGUAUCUCAGAGGAAGGCUUCCAUUACCUCGUCUUUGACCUUGUCACCGGUGGAGAGCUGUUUGAAGACAUUGUUGCCAGAGAGUAUUACAGUGAGGCUGAUGCCAGCCAGUGCAUCAAUCAGAUCCUGGAGAGUGUCCACCACAUGCACCAGCAUGACAUUGUGCACAGGGACCUCAAGCCAGAGAACCUGCUCCUGGCCAGUAAGCUGAAGGGAGCCGCGGUGAAGUUGGCUGACUUUGGGCUGGCCAUCGAGGUGCAGGGAGACGAGCAGGCGUGGUUUGGUUUUGCAGGCACUCCGGGCUACCUCUCUCCAGAGGUCUUGAGGAAGGACCCCUACGGCAAGCCAGUGGAUAUCUGGGCAUGUGGUGUGGUCCUGUACAUUCUCCUGGUGGGCUACCCUCCCUUCUGGGAUGAGGACCAGCACAAGCUCUAUCAGCAGAUCAAGGCUGGGGCCUACGAUUUUCCCUCCCCAGAGUGGGACACAGUGACCCCCGAAGCCAAGAACCUGAUUAACCAGAUGCUGACUAUCAACCCUACCAAGAGGAUCACUGCUGACCAGGCCCUCAAGCACCCAUGGGUCUGCCAACGCUCCACUGUGGCUUCCAUGAUGCAUCGUCAAGAGACCGUGGAGUGCCUGCGCAAGUUCAACGCCAGGAGAAAGCUCAAGGGAGCCAUCCUCACCACCAUGCUGGUGACCAGAAACUUCUCAGCAUGCAAAAGUUUACUAAACAAAAAAUCGGAUGGUGGUGUGAAGCCGCAGACAAACAACAAUAAAAACAGUGUAGUGAGCAGUACCAGCAGCACCAAAGACAGCAGCAUAUCAUCUUCAGCACCAAUGGAACCACAGACCACUGUUGUGCACAACCCAGCUGACGGCACCAAGGGCUCCACAGAGAGCUGUAACACCACAGAAGAGGAGGAUGUGAAAAGUAGAAAAGUGUCUGCGUGCGGGUCUAGCGCGGACAGCGCAAUGGUCAGCCAGUGCAGUGCCAGUGAGGAACAGAGCCAGCCCCAGCCCCCUCACUGCCCACCCACCUCUCGCAAACAAGAGAUCAUCAAGAUUACCGAGCAGCUGAUUGAGGCCAUCAACAACGGAGACUUUGAGGCUUACACGAGAAUCUGUGACCCCGGGCUCACCUCGUUUGAACCCGAGGCUUUGGGAAACCUGGUGGAGGGCAUGGACUUCCACAAAUUCUACUUUGAGAACUUGUUGAGUAAGAACAGUAAGCCGGUCCACACCACCAUCCUGAAUCCUCAUGUGCACCUGAUCGGGGAAGACGCGGCCUGCAUCGCCUACAUCCGCCUUACGCAGUACAUCGACAGCCAGGGACGGCCGCGCUCCUGCCAGUCAGAGGAGACCCGCGUGUGGCACCGCCGCGACGCCAAGUGGCUCAAUGUGCAUUUUCACUGUUCAGGAGCGCCUGCCGCACCUCUCCAGUGACCCUUUACCAGACACAGCUUUGCCUGAAUUCUGAAGCCGAUUGGAACAUUUCCUCUCAGUGGUUGGAUUGGCGCCUGGAGCCCGGCCGGAAGAGACCACUUGAAGUUUACAGUCCUUGGGGGGAAAAAAUUAAAAUAAAUUAUAUUUAAAAGCCAACCGACAACACCACCAUAACCAAUCCAGUCCAACCCUAGCUAGAUGUUGGGGGCCGGCUGGGGCCGAGGCCCUCCCCUCUGGACAGUGCAUGCUUCUGACGCCCAUAGGGGGGCGCGCGGUCUUGUUCUUUUUCAAUGGAUCCAUAUUUUUUGCCCUUUGUUUGGAAAGGUGUUUAAAGUAUUAACAUAUGUACAAAAAAUAUGAAAUUAUUGAAAGAAAUGUCACAUUAAUCAACAACAAUGAUUAAAUAUUAAUUUUCUAUAUAAAAAAGGAGCAAUAUUAGUGGUGGUUGUUUUUUUGUUUUGUUUCACAAUGAAUCUAGUUGUUUUCUUUAUUUUUUUGGAUGCAAACAAAUGCUAGGAGGGAAAAUGUAAGAAAAAAACUAAAUGAUGAUACUUAGUAUUAGAAUUAAGAACACCAAAGUGUAGACUUUAGGCAUUUAAAUAUAUUGUUUUAAUGUAGAUGUAUGUUUUUAUGGGUUAGGUGGGUUUCAGAAGGGACAGUGUUUUAGUAUUCAUAUGUGUUAUUGUGGAACUCUUAAUUUUUAUCCCCUGAAUGAUGCUUUAUUUGAAAGUAUUUUGUGUUUGAAGAAGAUCAUUUUUAAAUGGGGACUUUAUUUAAUAUAGUAAUGUAUACAUAGAUAUUUAUAAGGAGAAAGGGAAAAUACUCUUUACUUUCAGUUUGGAGAAUGGAUGUGUGUGUGUGAGUGAAUGUGUGUUCUCCUGUCCCUAUUCAGGCUCUUGUGCAGUUUGAGAUCCCCUGUGUACAUACACACACUCACACAAGGCCCAAACCCCAGGCCCCUGUGCUGUGCCCUUUGGGUCUAUAAACCAGCCUGCUCCUCCAGCUUCAGCCACAAUCUCCUGACCAGCACAACCUGAAGUUGCAGAACACUACCAUCGGUUUUCAGUGCUGAGUUUGCCAUCUUCCUUUUGGCCUCUAGAGGGCACAUGACACAAUCAGUCAAGCCAACUGAUACUAUUCUGGCAGAGGCCCCAACCCACAAACUCUGAAAGCUCGGAUACCUCUCCCUUGUAUCGUUUCCUACUAUGAUUUUAGCAUGUUUGAUCAAUUGGGGGGGGGGGGGGGGGGGGUCGUCUAAAAUGGCAUGUACUGUUUGCACAUACAUUUGAGACUCAAUGCUGUUCUGUUCACUCCCCAGGUGAACUUUUCUGCAACUUCAGGUUAAGCUCGCCCACUCCUGGGGUCUCUACCUGUGUUUCUAUAGCGAGCGACCCUGCUAAUCAGCUGUGUAGCUUUUAGUGCCAUUCAGUGUGACGAUGUCACCCUUUGCCUGUCUCUUGUUUUGGUCCCCGUCCUGUUAUCUAACGUACAUUGUCUUUCUUUGCUUGCCGUACCUCUCUUUAAAAGCAUGUGAAAAUGAGAAUGCAUUAAAGUGGGGUGCUGAGUUGACCCGUGGCAUGUCAGACCUCUGGCUGGGCAUAAGAUUGGAUGGGACGGUGGAGGCUGGGUGCUUGGGAGCCACGGUGAAAGCAAUCAAUGGAUUGGUCCCUUUGUCACGUUUUCUGUUGUAACGGUUCUAGAUGUUAGUGUUCUUACUGGUGGUAUUAUUAUGAGUGAUCUGACUUUUCUUUUGAGAUUGGAGCUGAAAUAUGGGGAGGCAGUUGAGGUGAGGGAUGGGGCUCAGGCUGCUAGCAAAUCACACCCUGUCCAACCCCCCACACACUUGCAGACAAUGCCACAAUACACAUGGAAUCAACACACGCACACGGUGUACUCCCAAUGCAAAAUAUAUUUGAAUAUAUAUGGACAGACACAGAAAAUAAACACACUCGAAACAGUCUCACUUUAAAAAACAUAUCUUUGUGUUGAUGGUAAAACAUUGGAACACUGUUUUUCACCGUGUUGUAGAAACUUGUGUGACUUUGUACCGCCAGUGGGGUGAAGCUUGCCGUUUACCCCUUCACUUCUGUGCUAAGCAGCUCCAUAGUACUCGUGUUCCAUUGAACCUGUCGAAGGCCGGGUACCAAAAAGCUGAAAAAAUAACCUACAGAUGAUAUCAAAAAUUAUAUCAAAACGUGUUGAAGGAAACAUGUUAAAACAAAACUUGUGCUCUGUUUUUAUCACGAGUCACGUGUGGCCCCGCCCACCCUAUUGCUUGUGCUGCUGGGUGUUGUGACAUAUCUGCCAUGAGACUGUAUUCCCCUUUGCACCAUGAUGUGAUGUAUACAGUACUGAACUGUGAUGUUGUUUUGGAUCCGAGUAGUUUUCCUGACUUUGCGCUGUGGGCAUUCACCUCUCUCCCCCACUGGGCCUGAUGCUUCCAUUCAUUGUGUGUUCACACAGCCAUGGGAAUGUUCAUGUGAAAGAGUAUAACCAUCCAGUUGAUUUCAAUUCUUAAAAAUAAUUCAAAGGGAAGAAGAGAGAAAUAGUAGUUCCUGAGGGUAGGACAAUUAACCUUUGAUUAUACUAUACCUUACUGGCCAGCAGGAUAGGGAGAGAGACUUGAUAUACAAAAAAAAGAAAGAAUAAUGAAAAAAUAAAUAUUAAAAGCCAGACUUUAAUAACAAAAAUAUAUAUGCAGUUUUACAAGAGGAAAAAUAUGCAUGUCUUCUUUCUGGUAAUAUUUUUUACUGUCUGUUUACUUAAGAAAUGGAAAUCUAUAUAUGUUACUUGCACCUUCAAGGUCAAUGAAAAUGGCUCUGUCUCAAAUAUUGAAAUGAAGUGAUGUAUCACGUUAAAAAAAAAGUACAAAAAAAAGCCUUAGCUUGGUAUGCUUCCCUUGAUUUGUAAAUGUACUGCAUUGUAACCAUAUAGUGAGGGGAUGCAUAUGACUAUACUCUGAGUUGUCAUUUGGAUGCUGGAUUUUUGCAUGACCAUACAAUAAAGAAAAUCAUUACUUUAAAACUAUCAAGUGUUUGUUUGAAUGUUAGUAGAUCAUAUCUUUGUUAUUUAAACAAGAAACAUUGAAUAAAAAUAACAUUUCAACAUAAAUUG